GGGGGUUCUGCGUGGUGUAUGGCUGAGUUUUUCGAUGUUGUGAUUCGCGAUGUUGAACUGUACAAUUCAGGGCUUGGGACAGACACAUCUGAACCUGUUCCUACAGUCAAUUCACAUGUUGACAGCGUUGUGGACUCACUGACAGUUUGGAGCCGUACACAUACAGGUUUUCAGAAUCCUGCUCAUGCAAUCACUUUGUCAGAUGGCAAUGCGUUACAUGAUGAAAUUUCUGCUGACCCACCAGAACUUGAACUUUUGAAUCAACAUGAAACAUGGACUGGAUCUCAGAUUGACCGUGCCUUGCAGGAAGCCCACUUCAUCAACAGCCGUGCUACGGGCCAGAAGCUGCCUUGGGAAUCAGGUGUAUUUGCAACCAUUUUUGACAGCAGUGACAGUUUUCUUGCAUCACCGUUAAGUUUGUGUCCUGUACCACCUGAACUUGAUGAUGCACAGCAGUUUGAUCAGGGUGCUGAGUCUUUGCCUAGCAUGCCAAGCAAUGUUUUGAAACGUGAUCGAACUGACAACGUUUUUGCACAUGUUGUCAAGAUGAAGCGUGAUGUCGAUCAUCUUACUGAAGUGUCAGAGCUGUGGGCCAAAGCCUUAAAGAAGUGGCACACGGUGCUAGCGUGUACCGGCUAUGCAGGCUUGGUCGGAGCCACAGUCAGAGACAUGGUAUGCGAUGGCAAAGAACUGGAAGGUACCCUCAGAGAUGUUUUCGGCAACAAAUCAUGUCGUACUGCAAACAAAAGGGCUUCAACAAUGUUGGCACUGUUCUCUUGGCUUGACAGGAAAAAACUGCAGGUGUGGCCAAUCAAACCAGAAUAUGUUGCAGCGUAUCUCAAUGAAUCCAAUGUUGGUGGAGCUGGCAGCACAAAGGGUAAAACUUUGAUGGAGGCACUUCGUUUCUGCAAAUAUGUCAUGAGACUGCCAGAGCUGGAUGAGAUCAUCGACGACCCCGUGUUGACAGGCCGUGUCAGGCGCUUGGAUGCUGCAAGAGACACUGUCAAACAGAGUAGACCGCUUCUGCUUUCAGAAGUUAAAUUCAUUGAGGAGUUCCUGGUAUCCGACUUGAAUAUUUUUGACAGGUACAUUGCAGGAUGCAUUUUAUUUGCCAUUUACAGCAGGUCGAGAUGGUCAGAUCUGGCGUUCCUCAGUGAUUUGACCCUUGAUACAACAGAGACGGAACUGGGACUUGUGGGUUUUGUGGAAGGUUCAACAAGGUUUCAGAAAACAAGUACGACAGCUUUGAAACGGGCUAUGCAGAUGCCACUGGUUGCACCCAUACGAGGGGUGACAGAAAGGUUGUGGGCUGUCGAGUGGUUUGACAUUCUCAAGCAGGUUCAGUUCAACUUGACUGCAAAACCCAUAGGCGCUGUAUGCAGGCCACCGACCAAUGGCAUGCUUGGUACCAGGCAUCUAUCUUCAGAAGAGAUUGGAGAUUUUCUCAAUCAUGUUCUGGGGCUUACAGGUGAAAGAGUUGUGACGAGCGAUGUUGCCUCCGCAUGUUCAGAGGAGCCGAUGCGUGUGAGAGUCAAGGUGGAGAACUUCCCUGAGGGACUCAGCACUCAGAGUCGGAGUGAAGCAGACCAUGUUCUUGGUGUGGUCGAUUUGACUGAGAGCAGUUGGUCGCUGGUUGGCAGCCCUGUCAGUGAACAAGACGCUCGACAAGAGAGUCCGGCCAGAGCCUCAUCUGAUGAUUCCAGCAGCAGCUCAUCAAGUUCCUCUGCACAGGAAGAGCCACUGCAACAGAAGUAUGCUUUGGAUGGUGAAGUGAAAGAUUGCAAUGAGCCAGUGUAUCAGCACAAGCAGAGUCGAGUGCUGCACAGACCCAACAAAGUUGCAGGGUCCCUUGCGUGCGGCCGUAGGCUCGGUGACAACUACAGGUUUCUGGAACAGGGGGCUUCCUUCAAAUGGGCGAGAUGCUCUCUAUGCUUCAAAGGUGAAGUUAUUACAAAGACGGAUCAGCUGGCAGAAGCGAUGGCAGCUAUCCAUGCCAGGCGUAAAGCUCAGUAG